AUGAAGAAAGCAAAUGAGAAGCUCGGGCCAUUCCUGGGUAGGCACCCUGGUUUGGCUGAAGACUUCAAUGAAUGCAUCAAUGAAAGUAUGAGUGAGGAUGAAUUUGAAGCAAGAUGGGCAGAAAUGAUUGCAAAGUGGGAUUUAGCUGAGCAUGAAACAUUUCUAUGGUUGAAGAAGUAUGCAAAAUUUUGGGUUCCAUGCUACUACAGACAUCGAUUCUUCCCAUUUUUGCAAUCAACUCAGAGGAGUGAGGGAUUUAACGCUGUUCUAAAACGUUACAUCAACCCUCACAACUCAAUCAAGCAUUUUGUUAAACAAUAUGAGAAGCUACAGCAACGGAUAUUGGGUAAGGAGGGCCACAAUGAUUUCCGCACGGAUGAGCUUGAGCCAGAUCCAUGGUCGUCGUUCCCUAUUGAGAAGCAAGCCUUGGCUGUGUACACACGUCCCAUCUACCAUCGGUUCAGGAAGGAGUUCGCGCUCAUUGGCUGUUAUAAUGUCCAACCACAGGGCAAUAAUUUGUACCAGCUAGUUCCUAACAAUGAGAAGUGCUAUCCUUAUGGUGGAAGGUACUACAUGGUUAAUGAUAAUGGUGGGCAAUUCAACUGCGAGUGCUGCAAGUUUGAGCGUGACGAUCAAUACAUAUUACGAAGAUGGACUCCAGCUGCAUUGCAAACUGUGGUUCAGCCAACUGUCCCAGCACAAGAUGAUGUUAUGCCUGAAGAAUCACGGCAGAAAUUGCGGUUUGCAAACUUGUCAACUAAGUUUGUUGCUUUGGCUAAACUAGCAAGUGCAUCAGACCAGCAUGAUGCUAUUGCUCGUAGACACAUCGGAGAAAUGACAACUGAGUUUGCACAACUAAACAAGGACAUCUACUUCAGCACCUACUACGCAUCAGAGAACAUCUUCAGGGCCUACCCGAACGCGACCAGUACCUCCACCUACAACAUCAAACAGGCAGCAGGCACCUCGGUCAGCUCCAGGGCAUGUGCCAACAGCACAUACUACAUGUGA